UCAGAUUAUUAGGGUCCAUGUAAAUGCAGCUAAUGUUUGAUAAUAUAUGUAAGCCUAAUUCUUCCUUAUUUCUUAAUGUAAAAUACAUUCUUGAAUUGUUGAUUUUGUGCGUCUUGUUCAGUAAUUAUAUUAUAUGGCUAAAUUGUAGCUGAUGCUCCAGACAACAGCCUUGACAGCCAGAAAACCCAGGCAAGACAUUACAGGACCCUACGAGAAAUGUACAAAGCAAAAAAGCCAAACAAAGCUGCUGUAACCCAUCUAUUAAACCUGGAGUUCCAGGCCAGAAGAAAUUUCAUUGACUCGAAUGCUUUGAAGGAGCAAGACAAACCAACAAAAAUUUUGCAAGCAUACCCCUGCUUCAAAGAACUGGACCAUGCAAUGGAUGAACUGCGGAGAAUCAUUGAGCCAGACAAUUGCAAAUACAUUUCUGAGGUGAAGGGCAGGUGGGAGACCUUCUACUCCAAGGUUCAGUUUUAUGGAGUGAUGAAGAAAGUCAUGAAGCCUCCGCGGACAUUAAAUGGAGUUGAACAUGCCAUUGCUGUUUUUACUGCCCUUCCACUGCUCUUCCCAUCUGGCUCAACAGCACCGAAGAAACAGGUCCCAAUCAGUGAGGCUCUUUUCCACGUUCUGACACCCUCAGAGGAUCCAGAUACCUACAUCCACAGGCGAGCAUUUUCCACUCCUGUCUUGCUGGUUGGUGAGGAGAACUGCAUGGUGGUUGUAGAUACAACUCCAGUUCUAACAUUUGACAGAGACUUGCUCCACGAGGGGCCUCUCUACCUCCUGGCCUAUUACUAUGCAUUUCAUCUCACGUAUCCAAAGUGUCUUGCAACACUCUUGUCUGUGUUGCAAACACAAGUUCUGAGAGAUGCCAUCCACGAGCAGGAUACAACCCCCUCGUACAAAAAGGCCAUUCAAGAAUGGAGAAUGUUUGUUGACUAAUUACCGUUUCAAACCUGUGAGGCUGUGAGACGGCUUCAGUGUUUUUUUGUUGUUGUUUUGUUUGUUUUUCUAUUCUAUUUUUUCUUUUUUUCUUUUAUUAAGGGAAAGUUUUAAUUCAUUUAGUUAGUCAGUCUUAGUUUUGGACUGUUCAUCCCAUUUUGCUAUACCCUAGUUGUUUAAGAGGAAAAUGUUCGUUCUUGAAUCUGCCAUACAUUAAAGG